AUGACCACCUUCCAAAGUCACUUCCAGUUCGGCCCGCUUCCGGACCACAAAAAGCAAACUUACACAGGCCAGGCCCUUCUGGACCCUCUGGCCUCAGACUCAGAAGACCUCUUGCCUGACUUAUGGCUGGAACCUCCCAAAAACCCCGUCCCUGUUUCCUACUCCACAUGGAACGAGCCCAAUUGGCAAACCCUGAUGAUGAGAGACGCCUCCUUGGAAUACGCCCAGCUGCUUCUCCCCCACUCUCUAUUGGCGCCUUUAACCGAAGAAAACCUCGAAAGACAAGACACCAGAAACAGAGAAAGAGAACCCCGUACGUUCAGACAAGAGCGUGUGCCCAGUCUACUGAAGGAGUCCAAGUCGUCUUCGGUCAAGUCGGACGACAGGAAGUCCUCUCCCCGCCAAAAACACAUCAACACCCAGCUCUACAAGACAGAAUUGUGUGUUUCGUACAUGAAGAUGGGCGUGUGUCCCUACGGGAACAAGUGCCAGUUUGCUCAUGGCCAGGAGGACUUGAAAACGGUGGAACGGCCUGCCAACUGGCGCCUGAAGCCCUGUGCAAAUUGGGCCAAGUACGGUCUGUGCCGCUAUGGCAAGCGCUGUUGCUUCAAGCACGGCGACUAG